AUGUCUUUCUGGAGCUCCUACCGCGCCCUGACUCCCAAAACGCGUCUCGUUUUCGGCCUAGGACUAAUGGCCUGGGCUUCGAUUGGGAUGUGGGCGUCGCCAGAAGUCGAGAAUGCACUGGGUCUAGCACCGACGGAGAAAGAUCAAGAAGAACUAGAGAGGAAAUUGACUGUUCGGGUGGCGAGUGUGGAGAAGGGGAGUAGGUAG